AUGACGCAAAUACAAAAGACGCACGUCGUCGUGAUUGGCGGCGGUGCUGCGGGCAUGUCCUGCGCAGCCACGCUGGCCAAACAUCCCGACCGAUUCAAAGUCACACUCAUCGAAAAGCAACCCUACGUAGGCGGCCAGGCGACAUCACUGCCUCUCGACAAGGCCCAAUAUGGUGCCGACUGGAUGAACAAUGGCGUCCAAGGCGGCUCCAAGAUCUUCAAACACACCUUCCGCUUCUUCGAACGCUUCGGCACCCCCGCACAGCCCGUCCAGCUCCAAGUCGCCUUUGGCAAAGGCAUCGACGGCUUCUGGACAAACUGCUUCCCCAGCCAACUCGUCGCCACCUACGCAUCCGACAUCCGCCGCUUCGGCAAGCUUCUCACACUCGUCAAAUGGACGCUUCCCGCCACCGGACUCGUCCCCAUCUCGCUAAUGCUGCGCCUCUUCUUCUUCUCCCGCGACUUUGGCGAGAAGAUGGUCUACCCACUGAUUGCCCUCUUCCUCGGCACCGGCAACCAAACACCACACGUCCCCUGCGGCAUCGUCGAGCGGCUCUUUGACGACCCCAACAUGAAGCUGUGGGACUACGACCGCGACACUCUCCUCCCCAAUCUACCCACAAUGUACACCUUUGGCAACCUAGCCAACUUUUACCAGACAUGGCGCGACGACCUGACCAACAAUCACGGCGUCGAGAUCCUCACAGGCACACAAGUCACACAGGUCGUCUCGCGCUCUAGCAAAGGCGUCACGCUGCAACUUAGUCCUGCAUCUGGCGGCGACCCAAAAACAGUCACAUACGACGAAAUGGUGCUCUGCGUGCUCGCUGACGAAGCACUCGCCAUCCUCGGCAAGCAGGCCACAUGGCGCGAGCGCUUCGUGCUGGGCAGCGCAUCCUUCUACGACGACGUCACCGUCACACACUCCGACACUCGCUACUUUGAACAACACUACGAAACAUCAUUCACACCCGAUCUGUGCGCCAAGGCCACAACUCCCGCGCAGGAGAAACAAGUCGCCUUUGCCACGGGCCAGGACAGCAGCGCAGGGUUCCAGCCCAUGUACUUUACAUAUUCGUACCCGCAGGAUAAGCGGCUGAUUGAAAUGUCCUUCAACUGCUCGAAUUACCAGCACCAGUUCCGCGAGGAAGCCAAAAACAAAGAUCCCGUAUAUCAGACCAUUUUCCUCGACAAGAAGCGUCAGGAUACCUGGACCAUGGGCGACAUUGAUGAGAGCAAGAUUAUCAAGGUCAACUGGUGGCACCAGCUGGGGCACCGCUGGCAGCACUAUUUGAAGGUGGUCCCCUGCAUGAUGUUUAUCAACGGCCGCAACAGGACGUGCUAUGCGGGGUCGUGGACCCUGGUCAACAUGCACGAGGUGGCGUGCGUCAGCGGCAUGGCGGCUGCAUAUCGCCUCGGCGCCGAUUACGACCGUUUUGACGAUUUCGCGGAGGACUUUUUCUCGAAAUAUCUCUUACUUUCGCAUGGCAAGAUAUUUUCAUGGCUGGAACGGGGUCGUAAAAAGACGGCUUGA